UGCAUCCGAGGGUAAGUUAACAAGCCUAAUGUUAAGUGUGCUCUCAUUUUAAUCAUCCUAACUGAUAGUAAAAAAAAAAUUGCAAUUCAACAGGUGAUUUAAUUUAACUGCAAAGAUGAGCUAUUUCCUCCUGAAGAAUAUUAUUGCCAUGGCGCUGGUUGCCUUCGUCUUCAAGGCAACAGGGGUUUCAGCCGGUUCUUUCGGCCCCUGCAGCGGCCGGCGACUCGAUAAAUUAGCUAAAGGCCAGUACAUGUCGCCCACCAAAUGCGUGUCAAAAGGCGGAACGUGUUGCGGAACUGAUCCUUCAGUUCGUGAUCAUAUCAAUGACGACCCGAGAACAAUGGACCCUAACGACAGAUGCUACACUUGCUACAACAGCGACGUCAGCGUCUCGUGCCAUGGAAAUCUGAUUCGAAUACAACCGAUCCGCGAGACGGAAAGGUACGUGACAUCCGAAAAAUGCAAGCACGUCGGCGGAAAUUGUUGCAUGAAAUCGCCCACGUACGCGUUCAACCCUCACUUCAUUUCGGACUCUUGUGACAACUGCUAUUCGGGAGACGUGAGCCUUCCCUGCAAAGGCAAACUGCUAGCCUCUUCUGAUUACACGGCGAAAACGUGCGCUUCUUUCGGUGGUAGAUGUUGCGAUCAAUCUCCUACUGGUGGCGAUGCAUUCAAUCCCAGAGUUUACCCCGAUCCGGAAUCAUUGACGUGCUACUACUGCUACAGUGGGUUACCCACAAUCCGUUAAAUCCCAACACUGAGGUUCAAAUUGGGCAAGACGUUUGACAGAAUUUAAAAAAUUAAUAAGCAAAGCAUAAAAGGUUUGAGAUAUGCAGAGCUUUGAAUUCAAUCUGGCCAAGUUGCUUCAAAAUGAUAAAAUAAAAACAUUUAGAUAAGA